CUUUCCCUCCUCACAAGCAAUCCACACCUCUUGUGUAUGCUGUCUAUCUAUCUACUCCCCAAGCACGUACAAACACUCUCCACACAGCUAGCCAACAGGUACAACAGACACAAGGAUGAAGCUCAGAGUAAAAGGCUUCGGCCUCCUGCUUCUCCUUGUCUUGCUUGCUCUAUGCUCCACCAUUGAUGUCUGUGACGCGAGGAGAGGCAAGCAUUGGAGGCCAAGGAGCUCGCCGAGCUCCUCUCUGCUCAAGAAGAAAGGGAAGGCAAAGAAGGGCAGCUCCCACCGGCAGCACGGGGGCAACCGGCGAAGCCCGCCACCAGCCCCCCCUGGUGUUGGCAAAGGACACCAGACGCCAUACCAGCCAAGCCCCAAUGUACCUGUAAGUCCGAGCCCGAGCCCGAGCCCCAAGCCGAGCCCUGCCAAAGGCAAUGGACAUACAAGUCCACAGCCUCCAUCUCCAAGCUGUGGAAAGGGCAGGCAGCCACCGCCGCAGCCACCACCUGCGGCCUCAGCCUCACCAGGCGCGGUGUUUAACGUGGUUGAUUUCGGAGCCAAGGGUGAUGGAAUUUCAGACGAUACAAAGGCUUUUCAAGCAGCGUGGGCUGCUGCGUGCAAGCUGGGAGCGUCUACAGUUCUCGUACCAUCAGAACUAGAGUUCCUUGUUGGGCCAAUCUCCUUUUCUGGGCCUUACUGCAAACCAAACAUUCUUUUCCAGCUCGAAGGGACGAUCUUAGCCCCAACAAAUGCUAAAGCAUGGGGUUCUGGCUUGCUUCAAUGGCUUGAAUUCACCAAACUAAGUGGGUUAUCAAUUCAAGGCAGUGGCACCAUAAAUGGUAGGGGGCAACAGUGGUGGACCUACUCAGACCCAAAUGACGAUGAGGAUGACGACACAGUAAGACCCGACCAUCUAGUAUUACUAGAUCACUCAAUUCAAAAGUUGGUCUAUCAAUCACUAACCUUGGAUACAUUCCAGCAGUACAAUCAGGAGCUUGAAAGGAUGCCACGGGUUAAACCUACGGCAUUGAGGUUCUAUGGUUCUUCAAAUGUCGUAGUGGCUGGCAUCACAAUUGUCAACAGCUCACAGUGCCAUCUCAAGUUUGACAACUGUCAAGGGGUGCUGGUCCACGACCUGACAAUAUCCUCCCCUGAGAACAGUCUCAACACCGACGGAAUACACCUGCAGAACUCCAAAGAUGUCAGCAUUCAUCAUACCAACUUGGCUUGCGGUGACGAUUGCAUCUCCAUCCAGACAGGAUGUAGCAACAUAUACAUACACAAUGUGAAUUGUGGACCAGGCCAUGGAAUCAGCAUUGGUGGACUAGGCCGGGACAACACAAAAGCAUGCGUCUCUAAUGUAACAGUAAGAGAUGUCAACAUGUUCAGAACAAUGACUGGUGUCAGAAUCAAGACCUGGCAGGGUGGUAUAGGACUGGUUCAAGACAUAAGGUUCUCAAACAUACAAGUCUCCGAAGUUCAAACACCUAUUAUGAUAGACCAGUUCUAUUGCGACAAAAGAACCUGCACAAAUCAAACAUCAGCAGUGGCAGUAUCAGGCGUUCAGUAUGAGAACAUCAGAGGGACAUUUACAAUCAAGCCUCUCCAUUUUGCAUGCAGUGACAGCUCACCUUGUUCAGGGAUCACACUUACCGGAGUACAACUUAAACCCGUGCAAAUAGCCCACUACCACCUAAACAAUCCAUUCUGUUGGCAAGCUUUUGGGGAACUCUUCACUCCAACCAUCCCUCCCAUAGCUUGUCUGCAGAUUGGAAAACCUGCUGGGAACAACUUGCAGUCAUACCAUGACAUAUGCUGAAACACAGAUAGUAUCCUCAUCCAUUAGUUGGUGCUUAUUCAUGAGUGGUCGUUGUGAUGCUUCCGACCCUUUGCACCAUUGCUUCGUCAUGUGCAUAUAUACACAGUUAAUUUAUGUUUUGUUAUCACAGCAAGUGUGUCAUGUUUGUGGUAAAGGAAACAUAGAUAUUUUCAUAUAAAAUGGGCAGGCAGGCAGAUUAUAUGUGUGAGCUGAAAAAAUAUAGCGCAUGUUAUUCUAUGCUAAUACAAAGUAUUAAGUGUUAAAAAAUAAUAGUACAGCACUUUUGCACA